UUCCAACUCUCUUAUUCCAUAUUCUAGUUCAUUCCCCAGGCGUGUCUUUCCUUCCUUCCCCCUGGCAAGUCCCACUUCCAAGUAGCGUUUCUACUUUCCUGUUGGAGAAUACCGGCUCCCAUAGAAAGUAUUAGGAAGGGGAUCCUUAUGUUCAGAAGCAGCGGGAACUGCAAAGUAAGGGGUGGGGAUUAAAAAAAACCUCCAUCGAAAGUGCUGGCCCCAAGAAAAAAAGGAACCGGGAUUUGGGGGAAACGGAUUUGGCUCUUCCCACGUUCAGAGGCGCUCAGGGCGAGAAAAUCCUCCCCAAGGCUGCACUUUAGUAGUCCUUGUCUUCCCCGGUUGGGCUCCUGCCCACCCCGAAGUCCCAGGAGGCGCGGUCGAGUUACGCGGCGGGGCGAGGCGAGGCGAGGCGAAGCUACCUUCUCGGAGGGCUUCCAACCGGCGCCCUGCCCGCGCACCGGGGCGUGCUCAGUCAGCCCUGCCGGAUGGGAGGAGAGACCGGAGCCCAAGGGGCUGAACGUGGCUAAGCUUCCCGGCUCUAUCGAUCGGAUCCUUCGGCGGGACGGGAGACGGAACGAUGGCCGCGGCUGCUGCUCUGAUCGCGGCGCUGCUCGGGCUGCUGCCCGCCCGGACGAGUACCGGCGCCUCCGGAGGGAGAAGCCAACCCGGAACGGCCCAGAGGUUUCUGGAGAAAUAUGGCUAUUUUGAGUCUGUGCAUCAAGUCCCGGACUUAGCAGGAUUCCCCGAUGCCAUAAAGGAAUUUCAAUGGAUUUCUCACCUGCCCCUCAGUGGCGCCCUGGAUGCCAUCACUCUCCAUCACAUGAGUCUCCCUCGCUGUGGUGUCAAGGAUGCAGAGAGCCACACGGCAUGGAAGAAGCGCAUGGAUGCCCUGUUCUCAAGAGGGAAAGCCAGGAAGAGUCGCAGGAAACGAUACUGGCAUCAGAGUGGCAAGUGGUAUAAACGACACUUGACUUACCGGCUAAUCAACUGGCCUUGGUACCUGCCAGAGCAGCAGGUCCAUCUGGCAGUGAAAGCAGCUUUUGAGCUCUGGAGCAACGUCUCUUCCUUGGUUUUUUGGGAAGUAGCAGAAGAGCCUGCAGAUAUUCGCCUGACGUUCUUCUAUGGGGAUCACAAUGAUGGAGUUGAGAAUGCCUUUGAUGGUCCAGGGGGUGCUCUGGCACAUGCCUUCUUCCCACAUCGUGGCGAGGCCCAUUUUGACAAUGACGAGAGAUGGUCCCUGGAUGGUGGGAAAGGCCGUAACCUCUUUGUGGUGAUGGCACAUGAAAUUGGACAUACGCUGGGACUGGAACACUCCCCCGUGUCUAAUGCUCUUAUGUCCCCCUACUACAAGAAGCUGGGCAAGGGAUUUGUCUUGAACUGGGAUGAUGUUCUUGCCAUUCAGAAUUUAUAUGGAAAACCAUCCCGAGGCCCAAUAGUCCAGCUUCCAGGAAAAUCAUUUGCUCGUUUCCAGAAUGGGAAGCAGUACCUUGAAAACAGAGAGCAGAAUCAAGAGACAAAUUUCAAGUUCCAUUACUGCAUGUCAUUUUUUGAUGCCUUAACUGUAGAUAUGGAAGACAAUCUGUACAUCUUUAAAGGCAAGUAUUACUGGAUGGUAUCCAAAGGUGAAUCCGCUGCUGGUCCAUACCUCCUCCAAGCCAAAUGGCCAGGUCUUCCUUCUGCCAUUGAUGCUACAGCCUUCUCCGAGAAGGACAGGAAAUUCUACUUUUUUAAAGGUGUCCGAUGCUGGUGCUACAAAGGAUCUUCCCUAGAAGUUGGCUUUCCCCAAAAGUGCAGCCUUACGGGUGAUCUCCCGCGCCAUCCUGACACUGCCUUGUUCUUCCAGCCACUCCAUCAGCUGGUGCUUUUCAAAGGACCUAAAUAUUAUGUAGUCAAUGAGGAGACCCUCCAAGUGGAACCUUAUUAUCCCCGAAGCUUGAAAGACUGGGGAGGGGUUCCAGCUCUCGCAAAUGGUGCCGUCACACAUCAGGAUGGCUUUGUCUACUUCUUUCGAAAUGACCAAUUCUGGAAAUUCAACCCAGAGAAGUUAGAAGUGGUAGAAACUGGAAAAUGGGCUGUUCAGCUGAGGUGGCUGGGCUGUCAGGAUGUCAGUCUAAAUCAAGCUGGGGCCUGAUAUUUCUGUUUAUCUCUGGAUUUGUCACACGUUGUUCCAGUAAAAUCUCCAGAAGGCAAGAACUUCGUGUUCUAGCCGAGGCUUCCCAAGAGCACAAAGCAAAUUCCUUGUCCCAAUGAAAACCCCUUUUAUUAAUUUGCUGUGAAUUCU